AUGGCGGCGCCCACGAGCGAUUUCUCGCAAGGUGUUCGAGACUAUGGAGCUUCCUGGCUUCCCGGUGGGGCUGCUCCGUAUGGGAAUUUCCCCGAUUAUUCUCGCUUCCACCCCCCGGAGGGACGCGUCCGCCUCCUUCCUGCCGGGCUGCUGAGCCGGUUAUUCCCACAUCGGCAUGGGGGGCCGCUUCUGGGGCUGGACGUGGGAUGCAACUCGGGGGAGCUCAGCAUCGCCCUCUACAGACACCUCCGGGACUGUGGUGAUAACAGAGACAGCCCAGAAGGUUCUGUGGCUUGGAAGGACUUGAACCUCCUUUGCUGUGACAUUGAUCGUGACCUGAUAGAGCGAGCAAAACAGAAAAGCCCCUUCUCUGGCUGUGUUUCACGCCACGCCGCCCAUAUCAUGGACUCCGAAACCAGGGAGCCUCUUCUGCACUCCUAUUUGAGUAAGUUUGGACGUUCUGCUUUCGACAUUUGCUUCUGCAUGUCUGUGACCAUGUGGAUCCACCUGAAUCACGGGGACAGUGGCCUGGUGACAUUCUUGUCCUGUCUCGCCUCCAAGUGCGCAUACUUGCUAGUGGAACCACAGCCGUGGAAGUGCUACCGAGCUGCUGCCCGACGCCUCCGGAAGCUAGGCAGGAACGACUUCGACCACUUCCGCUCGCUCACCAUCAACGGGGAUAUGACGGAGAAGAUCACCCAAAUCUUGACCAAAGACUGUGCCAUGGAGUUCCUGUGUUGCUUUGGGAGCACUGGCUGGGACAGGAGCCUUUUGCUUUUUAAAUCCAACAGAUGAAAUAUUUGUAGUGAUUAAGGAUCUGUCAGUGUUUGUAUCGCAACAGAGAGAAAGCGGCAGGUUAUGGACAGGGCUAUCUGAUGUUGGCCUGCCUCUAUAUAUUUAUUUUAAGGUCCUAUCAAUCAAAUGCAUCUUCAUCUUACUGUGCUUGGGAGUAAAGACAUAUGUGUCUAAUCCUUUUAGGAAGCACGUUCAAGGUAUGCUGUCAAUAAAGAUGGUGAGGCUUGAAUGGAAAAGAUGAGGGGACAGGGCAGUGGGCUUGUGUUUAUAAUAAUUUUUUUAUUUAUGUUGUAAGCUCCCUUGAGUUCUGCCAAGUGCCAUGGUGGCUAAUAAAUGUUUUAAAUAAA